AUGUUGGCAGGAUACUUCAAGAAGAGCAACUAUGAGUUGGCAGGCAGCAUUGAUAUCCAGGUGGGUGAUGACUGGCAGGAGAAGAAAAAGACCUCUUCCUGGACCAUGCAAGCCUAUGACUGGCGCUCGCUGCAUUCUAACUUAGCCAGCCACAUAAAGAAAAAUCCUAAUGAUCUACAGUUCUGGAUGGGGGAUGUUUAUUCUCCUGGGUAUGAUACCUUCCUAAAAGAGAAAGACAGAGAGAAAAAAAAGCAUUUCAAAUGUUGCUGAACCAUCCUACUCAUGGUACUAGCUGUUUGCAUCCUGAUUACCACAGACACUUUCAGUGUUUUACUUACUUAG